AUGAGUGAUAAUGUCAUGGAAGACCAUAAAGACUCUAAACAUGAUGUUAUCGUAAAAGAGCAUGAAGAACAAAGCUAUCAAGUGGAUGAAUAUGGCGAGAUUCGCCCUGAACCCACCGCAGAGGAUUGGAAAAACUUGAGAGAAGUUGCUGAUGACAUCCCCAAGGCCGCCUACCUUGUUAUCCUUGUCGAAUUUUGUGAAAGAUUCACCUACUAUGGUCUGACCGGUCCCUUCCAGAAUUAUAUCCAGAACCCUAACCCUCCAUCCUACCCUGCAGAAUUGCCCGGUGCCAUGGGCAAGGGACAACAAACUGCCACUGCUUUGACUACCUUCUUCCAAUUCUGGUGCUAUAUCACUCCCAUCAUUGGCGCCGUUGUCGCUGAUCAAUACUGGGGCAAGUACAAGACUAUCCUCAUCUUUGCAUGUAUCUAUUUCGUUGGCUUGGUCAUCUUGACCUUGACAUCCAUUCCAGCUGCCAUCGCCUCUGGUGCCACUUUCCCUGGUUUCAUCGUUGCAAUCAUUAUCAUUGGUUUUGCUACUGGCGGUAUCAAGUCCAAUGUGUCUCCUUUGGUUGCUGAGCAAUAUAAAAACACAACACCGUAUGUCAAGACAUUAGUUCCCAAGAAAUCCUCCAAAUAUACUGCUGAUGAGGGUGAUCUGCCUACUCAUAAUGCUACUGCCGCUGCUCAUGAUGGUGCUGAAACUCGCGUCAUUGUCUCUCCUCAAGCAACAUAUCAAAAACUUUUCAAUUAUUUUUAUUGGGGUAUCAAUUGCGGUUCCUUGGCUUCCAUUACCACCGUUAUCUUGGAGAAAAACGUUGGUUUCUGGCCUGCUUUCCUUUUGCCCACUCUUGUUUUCAUUCCUGGUAUCUUGAUCGUUCUCGCUGGUAAGAAGUAUUAUGUGAGAAACCCUCCUCGUGGUUCCAUCUUCUUUGAAGCUUUCAAGGUCAUUCGCCUCUCUUUCAAGUACGGUUUUGAGGGAUGUAAGCCUUCUGUAUUGAGAAGCGAGCAUCCUGAGAUUGCUGCUAAGGCUACCUGGGAUGACAUUUUCGUUGAUGAAUUGAAGCGUACCUUCCGGGCCUGUGUCGUCUUUUGUUGGUAUCCCAUCUACUGGCUCUGUUACUCUCAAAUGACAAACAACAUGGUUUCCAUGGCUGCUACUAUGCAAACUGGCAAUGUCCCCAAUGAUAUCAUGCAAAACAUCAAUCCCUUAGCUCUCGUCAUUCUUAUUCCCAUCAUGGACAGAGUUUUCUACCCUGCCCUUCGUCGUAUGAACAUCAACUUCCGUCCUAUGGCUCGUAUCACCACCGGUUUCUUGUUUGCUUCUUUUGCCAUGGCCUAUGCUUCCGGUAUCCAAGCUUACAUUUACAUGCAAGGUCCCUACUACGACCAUCCUACUGGCCAUGGCAAAAAUGAUGUAUCUGCUGGUCUGAUCGUCCCUGCCUAUGUUUUGGUUGCCAUCUCUGAAAUUUUCGCUUCCAUCACUGGUCUUGAAUACGCUUACAGAAAGGCUCCUGAAAAGAUGAAGUCCUUGGUAAUGGCUCUUUUCUUGCUUACCAACUGCUUCGGAUCCAUUCUUGGUUUUGCACUCGUUUCUGUUGCUGUUGAUCCUAAGCUCAAAUGGAUGUACGCUGGUAUUGCCAUUGCUAUGUUUGUUUGUGCUCCUCUCUUCUACUACUGCCAUGGAAAGAACGAUAAGUCGGAUGUUGCUGAAGAUGCAAUUGGUAUCAGAGGUGAUCAUGAUCAAGAAGCUGAGAAGGCCGAAGUUUUCGCUGAAUAUGAAGCUGAAUUCAAGCCUGCUGUUUAG